AUGGCAGCUUUCAAAGGUGUUGACCCAAAGAUGAGUCAAAUUUUGCUAUAUAUCAAAACCAUCAUUCAAAUCUCACACCCACAUCUCACACUCACAUCAAUGGAAUUUGGUUUCAUGACAAUACUAUUUUCAUGUGUCUUUUUCUUGCUUCUGUCAUCUUGUGCAACACUAGACACCAUCACUACAAAUCAAGUAUUCAGAGAUGGAGACACAAUAGUUUCAGAUGAUAAUAUGUUUGAACUUGGCUUCUUUAGCCCCGGAAAAUCCAUGAAUCGGUACCUAGGGAUCUGGUACAAGAAGAUAUCGAUGGGUACAGUCGUAUGGGUUGCUAACAGGGAGACACCAGUUGCUGACAAAUCAGGCAUGCUCAAACUUAACAGAAAAGGAGACCUACAAAUUCUGGGUGCUGACAAUACAGUGAUCUGGUCAUCGAAUUCAACAGUAUCCGUGAUGAGCAAUAAUCCUGUGGUGGUGGUGCAGCUUCUAGAUACUGGAAAUCUUGUUGUAUGGGAUAGAAGCACCAAGAACGAAAAUGUAAUCUGGCAAAGUUUUGAUUAUCCAGGUAACACAUUGUUACCAGGAAUGAAAUAUGGAAAAGAUUUAGUAACAGGAAGAGAGCGGGUUAUAAUACCAUGGAAGAGUGCAGAUGAUCCUUCACCAGGUGAAUAUUUACACUGGCUAGACACAAAUGGAUAUCCACAAAUGUUUGUCAGACAAGGUUCAGUUAUACGAUGGAGAUAUGGACCAUGGAACGGUCGUAAAUUUCAAGCUUUACGCAUGGAAAACCCAAAUCCUAUUUACUCGGUUCAAUUUGUUUGUAAUGAUAAGGAAAUAUAUUUCAAAUAUGAGCUUAAAACAUCGGUUCUUCAAAGGAUCAUUGUGUUGCCAGAUGACACCGCUGUGCAUUUGCGUUGGAUGGAUCAAACCCAAAAGUGGGUUGUGCAUUCUGUUGGAGCAGUAACAGAGAUUUGUGGUGGUUAUGGACUUUGUGGGCCAUACGGAAGCUGCAACGCUAAUAGGUACCCCCCUUGUACUUGUAUGGCAGGUUUUAAGCCUCGGGUCCCAGAUGAAUGGGAUAGAGGAAAUGGGUCUAGUGGGUGUGAACGUAAACGGGCUUUAGAUUGUGGAAGUGGGUUAGGCUUUAAAAGAAUUUCAGGAGUUAUAUUUCCAGACACACGCCACUCAUGGUAUAAUCAUAGCAUGACGCUUGAAGAAUGUGAGAUGGCUUGCAGAAUGAAGUGCAAUUGUACGGCUUAUGCAAAUACAGAUAUCAGAAAUGGAGGAAGCGGAUGUUUGCUUUGGUUUGAUGAGCUUAUCGACACCACAGAGAACGAUGAUAAGCAGGAUUUUUACAUAAAAUUGGCUGCCUCUGAGUUCGCAGGUGCACCUUUAUGA